CGCGGACCCAGCCUGAUGACAUUCACUGUUCGCUCCAUCUGCGCCCAACUGGCUGCUCGAAACCAGACCGACGCUUCUUUCUCCACGACAAUAGUAAUGACGUAGCUUCAAUGCCUACUGGGAACGAUAGAACUUGAGAAAUCACCGCCAUCAUGGGCUGCGGAAGUAGUACACCAGCGAACCCAAAAAUCGAAGUACCCAAGAGCGAAUGGGACCGCCUCCAAAAUUCCAACGCGCAGCUGAAGAGCCACAAAACUGCCUCCCUCGCUGAGAUCGAACGUUUAAAAGGGGAUCUCAUGCAGAUCAAUAUACUUCUAUUGUCCUUUAAUGAGCGAUACCACGUGAAACCUUCGUCGAGCGGCGGCAUCAAGCUGGAUGACGUCUUUGAGGCAUAUUCAUCACUUGGCCGGCGCUACGCGGACCUGACAGAGCAGAAAAAGCAGGUAGAUAAGGACUUCGAGAGGCAAAUCGAAGAUUUCAAUCGACUGGUUGACACGAUCCAACAGAAGGAGCGCGAAUUUCAGGAUCGCAUGAGAAAAAUGGAAGAGAAGUCGAGAAGGGAGCUGGACGCGAUGGAAAGGGAGGUUCGGGAGCUGGAGAAGAAGCUGAUCAUGGGCGGGGAUUAUUUCCAGCCGAAGCCGGACUCGGAACUGAGACAGCAGUUCAGCGACCUUCAAGCAAAAGUGAGAAGUUUCGCGGAGAACAGUGUGCCGGCGGACGAGGCUAUCCGGCAAGCAUUUGCUGAAGACUUGGGGCGCAAGUUUCAGCACCCAAUCCACAUCCCACACCUGAAAUACUUCUCGGAGGAGGCCCUUUGGGCCGUACUAAUAGACAAGGUGUUUUCGACGCCGUUCAAGGUCUUCGGCACACACGGUGACAAUAUGCUUCACCCCUGGCUCAACUUCUUUGCGGACGGACAAUUUGAGCGAGGGUCUGUAACGACAUGGCCUCCACCGAACUCUUUUUCCGAAAGGUGGAGGUCUCUGACCGUUGGUAAUCUUGCCGUCGCCGUUCGAGGCCAACGUACUGGCGAAGGCGCGAGCGAAAUUCAAUUGUCGUAUAGGUCCAAUCGCAACGAUGUAGUCGAUGCUCUGCGAAAACUGUAUCGCCAUAGUUCCACGGCCGACAUGGUCGACAUGCCAGAGAGUAUUACAGACCUUGCCUGCGAAAUUGCAAUGACAUGGGGGGCUGAGCGCUACCGAAUCCAGCCAGCGAUUCCUCCAAGGGGCACAUGGGUCUCAAAGGAUGACCUCUCCCUACGCCGUAUAGAAGUUCGUAACCCAGGGGAUAAUGUGGAAUGUACCGUUGGUGUGGUGAUAUCCCCGGGUUUGGAGAAGGGCGGUGUUGGAGACGGGAAUGCGCAGUCUUUUGAUGGACCACUUCGAACCCUCAUCCCACCGCAUGUCUAUACAUUCUCGCAGAUUUGA